UCAUCAGCGAGUGAAGUAUUACAUUUUUUGUUUUCUUGAAAUAAACAAUAAUAGGUCGGCAAACGCACAAAACUUUAAUCUGGCUUCAAAUAAUAAAUAUCAAUUGGAAAAUAUGGAAGUAGAUCAAUACACUAAUGUAGGCAGUGAGUGGUCCUACUCCGGCGAAGGUUCGCGAUUGCCACUUAUUGACGAAUCUUCAGCACUUGGACCACAGGCACCGAAAGACAGGUUGAUUGCUGUGUUGGAUCAGGUUGAGAUGCGAGUGGAGAGGCUGCGGCGGGACACGGUGCGCAUCGAGGAGGAGCGGGACUCAUUACUCUCCACAUUAGACAGUGUUAAGCACUCGGAACUAUUGAGUGAUAUCUCUGAAUGUGAUAAAGAAGAUAUAACGAGGUACACGGAUCGUAUCCUUGCGCGCGCUAUGACUGUGGAGGUGGCGGUGAGGACUGAUCGUGACCCGCAGCAGGAGGAGGCCCUGCAUCAGGUGAACCUGUACAUCGACCAGCUGGUGAUGUCAGUCCACGAGGACGCGGUGAUAGCGCACACGCGUUGCCAGACGUACAUGAACGCGUGCACCUCGCAGCCAGACCCCGCCUCCGGCACCGACAAGAACUUUGAGUCCGCCAUCCUCGGCUGCACACUUGAUGACCAGAAGCGCGUCAAGAAACGUCUUCAGGGACUCCUCGAUUACUUCGCGAAGCUCAAUGUUACCACGUGUUCGUGAAUUAAUACGCCUAUAUCACUGAGCGCAUGCUAUGCGUGUGUUUGGACUUAGUCUGUGGCUUAGUGCGUGGCUUUACGUGUAUUGCGUGCGUGGCUUGCGUACAAACACGUACAAAUUCCGUAUGUAAAUGUUGCUACGUGUUUAUCAUUAUUUAUUUUUUUAUUAUUUUCCUAAAGAUCGUACCUUUCUGUGUUGUAGUUUGUCUAUGGUGAUUUCAUAUCGGUGGUGUUAUAACUUUGAUUUUAAUUGCAAUGUAAGUUUUGGAAAUUUUUCAAUAUUGAAAAAUUAUCAAUCUUAUAAAAAAGGAUGUUUUGUGAAAUUCGUAAAGGUAAGGCCAUAAUUUAUUUUAUAACUAUUUUGGUCUUUUUAAAAGACCCAAAAAAAUGGACUUUAAUCCAAUUUCUAUGUUAAAAUUACAUUCUCAAUUUCAAAUGGUACAGCAUCUUAUGUAGUACUUUGUCUAAUAUAACUUUGUAUGUUUGUAUUUGCUUCUUGUAGCAAAUGAUAUGUAUAUAUCCAUUUAAUUUUAUGAAUUAUAAAUUUCUUAUAAAAUUAUCAUUUGAGAUAAACACAAAGAGCUGAACCCUCUAUAAAUGAUUGUCGAAAUGUUAAAAAUUUUACUUAAUUUACCAAAAUAACUAUCAUCGUAAUUAUUCAUUUUUAUUU